AUGGCUAUCAAUGUGCGAACAGCUUCGUCCGCGUUGAAAGCAUUCAGACCGAGUGCUGUUCGGCCUGCCGUUGUCCCUGCCUACCGGAACUAUGCCUCCUCUUCUGAGCCGGAUCUCAAGACCACUUUCAAGGAAGCGAUCCCAGCUAAGAGAGAGCUAUUGAAGAAGGUCAAGGCUUUGGGAGGUAAGGUCAUUGGAGAUGUCAAGGUCGAGAACACCAUCGGAGGCAUGAGAGGCUUGAAGGCCAUGGUAUGGGAAGGGUCAGUCCUUGAUGCCAAUGAGGGCAUUCGCUUCCAUGGACGUACGAUUAAGGACUGCCAAAAGGAGCUUCCCAAAGGUACCACUGGUACAGAAAUGUUGCCAGAGGCUAUGUUUUGGUUGCUCUUGACCGGCCAGGUCCCGUCCACAUCUCAAGUCCGAACAUUCUCUCGCGAGCUUGCAGAGAAGUCCGAGCUUCCAGCCUUCGUCAACAAGCUACUCGACAACUUCCCUACCGAUCUGCAUCCCGUGACCCAGUUUGCCAUUGCCGUCUCGGCCCUCUCUCAUACCUCCAAGUUCGCCAAGGCUUACGAGGCAGGUAUCAACAAGGCCGAUUACUGGGAGCCUACCUUCGACGACAGUAUCUCUCUUCUGGCCAAGCUUCCAACAAUUGCUGCCAAGAUCUACCAGAAUUCGUAUCGAGGUGGAGGUGCCCUCCCCGCCAAGGCUGACUUGGAUCAAGAUUGGUCCUACAACUUCGCUGCCAUGUUGGGCAAGGGAGGAAAGGAGAACGAGAACUUCCAGGAUCUCCUCAGACUCUACUUUGCUCUUCACGGUGACCACGAGGGUGGUAAUGUCUCUGCCCAUACCACCCACUUGGUAGGUAGCGCAUUGAGUGAUCCAUUCCUGAGUUACAGCGCAGGUCUCCAGGGUCUGGCUGGACCUCUUCACGGUCUCGCCGCCCAAGAAGUCCUGAGAUGGAUCCUCCAAAUGCAAGAGCAUGUGGGCACCGACUUCAGCGACAAGGACGUCUCCGACUACCUCUGGACCACUCUCAAGUCCGGGCGAGUCGUGCCCGGCUACGGCCAUGCCGUCCUCCGCAAGCCCGAUCCUCGCUUCGAGGCCCUCAUGGCCUACGCAUCCUCUCGACCCGAAAUCGCCAAGGACCCCGUCUUCCAACUGGUGAAGAAGACCUCCGAGAUCGCCCCCGGGGUGUUGACGGAGCACGGGAAGACCAAGAACCCAUACCCCAACGUCGAUUCCAGCUCGGGCGUCCUCUUCCACCACUACGGUUUCCACGAGACCCUGUACUACACGGCGACGUUCGGCGUCAGCAGAGGUCUGGGACCACUGGCUCAACUUAUCUGGGACCGAGCGCUUGGUCUCCCCAUAGAGCGACCCAAGAGUAUCAAUUUGGAGGGUCUGCUGAAGAUUGCUGAGAGUUCAUGA